GCUCCAAGUUAAAAACAGACUUUGUUUAUCUUGCUGCUCAAAUGUGCUCGGCCUCGUAGAGUCCACCUGCUCGUCUUUUGGUGUCGUUCUCGCCACAGCCACUGCUCAGCCUUAAGAGAGUUCCUCCUUCCCGAUUUUGAGUUGUUUUUUUCUCCCUGGUAAACUAAGGAAGGAACAUAGAGUAUAGAACCCGCGUGAGGGGAUUGUUAUCCCACUUAUAUAGCAGACUCUCGCCAUGGCGACCGAAGUGGACGCUCGGUCUUCAGCUCAACAGGCAGACGAGACGUUUCCUCGUGAUGACAAGCUGGAAGAGGCGGAGCGUCCCUACGCCGAUGACGACGACGACGAGCUGAAUGAGGCGGAGGUGAAUGGCAACUGGACGCCUCAAGAGAAGGCCCUGCACGAGGCGAGGCUCAAGGCCAAGGCCAAGCGACGUCUGCGCAAAUCAUCACGCAACUCCACCAGCGAGUCCCUCUCAGAGUUAGGGGACAACGCCGGAGCGGACCCUCACAGUCCAAAAGGCAAAGUCACCGCCAGUGACCGCAAAUCCAGAACGGGCAAAGGGAGAGGCCUGCCAAAAAAGGGUGGAGCAGGCGGUAAAGGUGUCUGGGGCGCCGCUGGGAUGGUUUAUGAAGACGAGGAACCUGAUUUGCAGGAUCCCAACUACGAUGAAUCUGCUCAGGGAGACACGGUUUAUGCAAAAGUUGUUCCAGAGGUGGAUGAGAGGGAACUGGGGAAAAUGGUCAACCCAAUCGUCCAGGAAUACUUUGAACAUGGCGACACAAAAGAGGUUCAGAUGCUGCUGAAGGAACUCAACUUGGGCCCCCACAAGUACGAGUUCUCCUCAGUGGCUGUCUCUCUGUCCCUGGAAGGCAAAGCCAGCCACAGAGAGCUCACCUCCCGCUUGCUGUCCGACCUGUCCGUCAAGGUGCUAACCCAAAGCGACAUGGCGCGGGCCUUUGACAAGAUGCUCAAAGAGUUGCCCGACCUCAUACUGGACACGCCCGACGCUCCGCAGAUGUUGGGCCAGUUUAUAGCCAGAGCCAUAGCGGAUCACGUCCUUCCAAUGUCAUUCCUGGACUGCUACAAAGGCAAAGUGGACUGUGACCAUGCCAGAGUGGCUUUAGACCGUGCUGCCGUGCUGCUGUCCCUGAAGAGCGCCAUGGUGCGUCUGGAUAACGUGUGGGGCGUGGGCGGUGGCCUCAGACCUGUCAAACAUCUCAUCAAGGAGAUGAACCUUCUGCUGAAGGAGUACCUGACUUCAGGAGAUGUGAUGGAGGCCGAACGCUGCCUGCGAGAACUGGAGGUCCCCCACUUCCACCAUGAGCUCGUCUAUGAGGCCAUUGUAAUGGUGCUGGAAUCCAAAGGAGACACGGCCAGCCCCAUGAUCAUCAAACUCCUGCAGUCCCUCUGGAAAACGGGCCACCUCACCGUGGAUCAGAUGAACAGGGGCUUCCAGCGGGUCUACGACGAGCUCCCCGAAAUAAAUCUCGACGUGCCACACGCCCACACGAUCAUGGAGACCUUUGUGGACCACUGCUACCAGGAGUCUGUCAUCACCAAGCAGCUAAGAGACGCCUGUCCCUCCAGAGGACGCAAGCGUAUGGUAAGCGAAGGCGACGGUGGCAAGAUAAAAAACUGAAAAUGGCCGAUGAAGAGGAUUCUCAGGAGGAGGCAUGCUGGUUUGGUUCUGUGUCCACCUUUCAUUUGGACAUCUUGACAGUUUUCACCUCCCCUCCCAGAUGACAUCUUCACAUCACCAUCAUCACAGCAGCUGUGGUGAAAGUGACACCAGUUCCCUUCAUCUUGGUCACCACUGUUAUUGUUUUUGUAAGAAUGUUCAUUGUUUCUUGGGUUGAUCCACCCCUCUCGUCUUAGCUUUUGUACUCCCCCACCCAAAAAAACAAAAAAAAAACAACUCACAGCUGGAAAUAGAGAGGGGAAGUGGACCUGCUAUUGGGGUGUUUUGCUUCACCCUUUCCAUAAAUGGACAUCUCUGUUCAGUUGUUCCUGAGAUGGUUUUGUUCAACAUUGACACUUCAUUGCUUUUCUGUCCGUUUUACAUGUUGACCAAAGUUUGAAUAUGUAUAAACAAAUUAUUUCGUUCAUUAAAAAAGGCAACAUGA